UCAGUCAAGUUAUACAAAUUUUCAUUAUAAAAGAGCACGCUUAGUUGUUGUAAAUUGUAUUUACUUACCCUACCCUUCUUGCCAACAAUGUCUAAAACUGUGCUUUCCCCUCUACUUAACGAAGAACUUAUCAAACGUGCUCUCCAAAGUUAUCAUAACAUACAAAAUAAAAGUGCUUUUACAUUGAAAGCUUGCGAUUUUAAGCUAUCGUCGGCAAAUGGAGAAAACUUUUGCAGCAAGAUAUAUCAAGUGGAUGUACAAUAUGAGUUGAAUGGCAAUGAUGAGAAUACGUCAUUUAUUGUAAAAAUUGUGAUACCGGAAAUAGCUGAACUAGGUUCGAAUGAAGCAAUUAUGCUUAACUCUAUACUGCCGGCUAUGGAAAAGUGCUUAAAUGAAAAUAAAUUAUAUGCACGAUGUCUGAUAAGUGAAAGCCAGAAGGAUGAAUUUUAUGUUUUGGAAAACUUAAAUAGUCUGGGUUACUUUUGUGCAGAUCGUACAAAAGGUUUAGAUCUAGAACAUGCCCAAGUGUUGAUGACAAAAAUUGCCAAAUUUCAUGCAGCCUCUAUGUUAUAUGCCAAAAAAUUUCCUGAUGUAGUAGAAUCUCUACUGGGUUCAGUUUUUGAAAAAGGAGCUUGUGAUGAGGUAUCCCAAGUUAUAACCUAUGGUGGUUUCGAAUAUGUGGCUAAUAUGAUUAAAACGUGGCCAACUUAUGAGACCUUAUCUCAAAAGGUACUUUCUAUUAUACCCAAAUACAAUAGUUUGGCGUUUGAACUUGUGAAUUCCAAGCACUCUAAAUUUAAUGUUAUUAAUCAUGGCGAUUUGUGGGUCAAUAAUUUCUUAUAUAAAUAUAGCAAAGAUUCCAACAGGCCUAUAGAUGUUUUAUUUGUGGACUUUCAACAUUGUUUUUGGGGCAGUUGUGGUUUUGACAUAAACUGGUUUUUGAAUUCAAGUCUGGAAUUGAAGGUUUUAAGAGACAAUCGCCAACAACUAAUACAAAUAUAUUAUGAUGCUUUGAAGGAAUCUUUGAUGUUGGAAAAUUACCCUCAACAAGAAAUUCCUUCGCUAGAAGAUGUUCUUGUGGAAAUUAAACGUUGUGAGUUUAUUGGUUUUUACAUUUCAUUAUGUGAGUUCCCCAUGUUUGCCUUGGAAAGGUCCAAAUCUCAAGGUUUUGACAACAAUACUUUUACCCAACCAGAGAAAAUGAGCGAAAUACGAGUUUUGAUGUAUGACAAUGUACGUGUCAAGGAAACUUUGGCAUAUACUUUAAAAUAUUUUGAAAAAAUAAAUCUUUUAUGAAUGUAAAA